CUCCAGACACAGUUGUCAUGGAGAUAGAAAAGAGUUCAGCGUCCAUUAGUGGUACUGUUACCAUGGAAAUUCCUUUUGUCGCCGCUACUAAGCAAGCCAAGCCAGGGGAGGCUGUUGAGCAUCAGGAUCAUCCUCAUGCUGGAGUUGCUUUACAGCGCAACAAAUAUCGCAUGCUGAUUGUGAUUGGCGAGAUUUCCACCAGCGUUGACCUGGACUCUGCCAGAAAACAGAUCACACAAGGUUUGCUCUCCUGGAAUGUUGAUUUGAGUAUCUGCGACCUGAACAAGGAGCUACAGCUGUUUGAGACCAAACACACGGCUCAAUUUUCGUCACUGGUCAAAGGCCAGAGGAUUCUCCAAUAUCAGAGUGACAUCCUUGAGACAGUGGUAUUGGUUAACCCAUCAGAAGAUGCUGUUUCUUCAGAGGUCCAUUCUCUGAUCACCGACUUGGCUGGAAAUAAACUGCUGAUACUGAGUGGACAGAGCUCUGACCAGGGAGGUGACAUCCUACUGCAAGGUGGGGCCUUUACCUGGCAACACUUCUCUGGUAUCAUCUCCAACACUCAAGUGGUAUCAGUCCUUUCCCAGGCCUCUCUAGAGCAGCCACCAAGGCUUACUGUUUCCUGUCAAGGAGACGGGGGCUGGAGCUCCUUGGGCCAAAGCCAGGAGCAGAAUCUGUUUCAAAAUAUCCUGGAAUACCGCUUGAACCCUGAACCUCACCUUCCUGACAUGGAAGGAGUGACAACAUUUGCAGAGUAUGUCUCAGAGACAGUCGAUGUGCCCUCGCCCUUUGAACUUCUAGAACCUCCAACGUCUGGAGGAUUCCUGAAACUUUCCAAACCUUGCUGCUACAUCUUUCCUGGAGGAAGAGGAGACUCUGCUUUGUUUGCUGUCAACGGGUUUAACAUCCUGGUGGAUGGCGGGUCUGACAAAAAGUCUUGCUUCUGGAAGCUGGUUCGGCACCUAGACAGGAUUGACUCUGUUCUUCUUACCCAUAUUGGGGCAGACAACCUUCCUGGCAUCAAUGGAUUGUUUCAGAGAAAGAUUGCAGAGCAGGAGGAGGAGGGCAACCAGGGAUCUGGUUCAAGCAGCAGUGGUGAGUCAAUGAAGAACCUAAUAUCCCCGGAGCUUGGGAUCGUAUUUUUGAACGUCCCAGAGAAGCUUCGCAUGCCAGAGUCCACUCUAAAAGUGAAAAGAAGCAUUGAGGAAGCAUCUCUGACACUACAGUACCUCAAUCAGCUCGGUAUCACACCCGAACCGCUUCACAGGGCAGUGAGCAACACCAUUGAACCCAUCACACUCUUUCAUAAACUUGGAGUGGGAAAGUUAGACAUGUAUGUGCUAAACCCAGUCAAGGAGAGCAAAGAAAUGCAGUUUCUUAUGCAAAAAUGGGCUGGGAAUAGCAAAGCCAAGACUGGCAUUCUGAUGUCUAAUGGAAAAGAAGGAGAAAUAUCUGUUCCCUAUUUGACAUCAGUUACUGCUCUUUUUGUUUGGAUCCCUCACCGCCCCACAGAAAAGAUAGUCAGGGUGCUCUUUCCUGGAAAUGCACCACAGAAUAAAAUCUUUGAGGGCCUUGAGAAAUUAAAACACCUUGACUUUCUGAGAUAUCCAGUAGCUACUCAAAAAGACUUAUCAUCUGGUCCGCCGUUGCCCAUCAUCAAACAGACUAAAAUGAAAUCAAGAACUGACAGCAAAGAGAGUCUCAAAGCGUCACCGAAACCAAACUCAAAAAUAGUGAAGAAAGAAGAUGUUGGACAGGAAGAAGAUUUCAAGAGUGAAACUACUAAAGAGAAUAAAGUGGAAAAGAAAGAGGAGAAAAAAAUGAAAAGUCAAAGUCUGAAGGCCACAAAACAACAGAAAAAUAGCGAGGUUGCCCCAGUAACAGGAAAGUUUGAGAAGAAGACAAUACCGAAGGAAAAAAGUCUCAAAAUGGACAAAGUAUCUCGAAUGGAUGAAAAGAGAGACAAGGAGAAGAAGGAAAUUAAGAAAGACAAAGUAAAAAAGGAUGAAAAUAUAAGAAAAGAGGAGAAGGAAAAGAAAGAGCUCAAAAAGAAGGACAUAAGUAAGCCAGAAUUGAGAAAAAUUAUGAAACCUGACCUCAAGCCACUCACCCCUGAAGUGAGAAAAACUUUACACAAAGUCAAGACUCAGACUAAAACCAAGACAGAAAAAGAAACAACGGGUAAGGAUCAUGCAAAUGGGAAAAAGCUCAUUCCAGAGAACCUCCGCGAAGAGGUUGCAGCAGCAGCUCUUGCAGACAGGUCUAUUGCAUCUUCCCCUGAGGACCUUACUGAGGACUUUGAGGCUCUGAAAAGAGAAGAGCUAUCUGAACCCAAGACUGAGGCUAUCCAGAUAUCUGAGGUGUCACUUCACAAAGACACUAAAGUUUCGACGUCAUUUUCUCCUGAAGACAAAAUGACAUCAUUUUGUACUAAUACAGAGACCGUUUCAUCCAGGUUCCCGGAAAAAACAGAUGAACACGAGACGGACAAGACAACUUCAGAACAGAUUAAAUCCCCGCAAAAGGAAAAUUCAAACAGUGGUAUUUCCACGAAAUAUGAAGACAAGACGCUUGAGGAUUAUGGCAAAUAUUCUGCAAAAGGUGACCUAAAAGACAUAUCAAAGAAGAGUGAUAGCUCAGAGGAUGAUGAUGAUGUAAUUGAAAAAGCUGAGCUUGAAGGCACAGAAGAUGAUGCAUUUAUCAAGUAUAAAACACAGGAGAUCAAAAAUGAAAGCACUGGAAAAGAAUUGGAAAACAGACCAAUCGCACAGUUUACCUCAUCCACUGCAGCACUACCUGGACAAGGAGCAGUAGCGUCGGCCUCAGAGCCGUUUUCCUUUAUCCAAGAUGAAACCAUCCCUGCUUAUUCUGAGACCGAACAGACCAUCUCUGAUGAGGAGAUCCACGACGAUACAGAAGAGAGAAUGACACAAUUACGAUGUAGUGAUGUCCCGAGAACCUUUGACUCCGUGCACAGUUUGAAAGAAAUGAAACGCUCUGCUGUGUCUGAUGUCGUGGAUGUCAAAACCAAAGCCCCCAUGGGAGGUCAGGAGCCUGAGAUUCCAUCUUACCCCACUGUUGUUACAGCUCCUCUUGCAGAGGAGGAACACAUAUCGUCUGCCACAUCCAUCACCGAAUAUGACAAGAUGUCUUCAUUUGCCACAUCUGUAGCUGAAGACCAGUCCAUAGCAUCCAUUACAGCCCCUCAAAAUGAGGACGUUGGAAGGAACUCCCUCCUUCUCGACACCAUCAAUAAUGCACCGUCUCAUCCAGAAGGCACCCAAGGAAAGGACUAUCUCCAUUCCGCCGGGACCAUUUCACCCACUUCCUCUCUGGAAGAUGACAAAUGUUUUAAGUCUCCUUCCUCUGAUGAGUACCAACCCAGCAUCCAUGAGAUGGAGAGUGAUGCCAAGGCCGAUCCUGUUCAUGAUGAAGAUGAUGAUGAGGAAGAGGAGGAUGAGGAUCAGACUCCAAAUGUUGACAUACCACUGGGUAAACUCCAAGAAGGCUACGAACAUGCAGCAUCCGUGCUCCUUAGGGAGAAAGAGAACUCCCGCUCUCCCACUCUUUCUCCUUCUGUCUUCUCUGACAAGCAGCCCUCACCCACUCAGGCUGCCAACGAAAAAAUGUCUCCGUCGAGCAUAGGUGGGUUCACGGUCAGCACCGAAAUACAACCUGCAUCGGCAGCUCUACCUCUCGCCACUGGUUUGGAGUCCCCUUUUAGGCAAGACAGUGAUGACAGAUGUCCAAGUCCUGAUGACAGCACCGUGAAACUGGCUUCACCCACACAGUCGGUGCCGACGAGCAGUGACUACUCUCCAGCAGAGGAAAAGCUCUUCAAGACAGAAGAGCAGGCAGCAGUGACCAAUUUGAAAUGCGACACUCACAAAGUGGAGAAGUCAGUCACUAUUUCUGAUAAUACAUCCUUCAUUGGAUUGACAGGUGACAAAACAGCAUUUGAAACAUCAGAAGAAUCUGAAGAGGACAGUGUGGAUGAAGAUGACUAUUAUAUGAAGAAGGAUCUUCAACCAGCUGUUAAGGCUAAACUUAUGGAGGCAAAAGAAGGAUGCUUCCUGGAUGAUGACUUAAAUGAGGCAAAGACUUCCAAGGUACAGACAGACAUUGAAACCUUAGAAAAAUCCCCAAGUGUAGAUGAGAAACCUAAGACUCCAAUUAUAGCCUUGGAUGAGCAUGAAACAAUUCAAUUCCCGACUGGAUUAGAAUCAAGGUUCUCUCCAACAGAUCCAAGCAAGUCAGAAAAGUGUCAUGAAACUGCUGACAUUUCAGAUAUGUCUUUCAAAGGGCCCGAGAAAAGUGUUCAAUUUCGGAUGUGUGAUUUCCCAGAGAAGGAGAGCAAAGAGAAAGCCAUCUAUAUCAGACAAGACACACCUUAUGUGCAUGGCAAAACAUUCUCUUACAGUGACAUUUAUGACAGCAAACCAAGUUCCGUGGAAUCCGAUUCAUUUCAUCAGGAGUCGUUCGAUAAGGUGGAGAAAGAUAUUUCGAGGGAUGUCAUGGGUUUGCCGCCAAACCCUGUAACAGCAAGAGACAAGAUGUCAGAGAAGGAUGAAUUCACAGUCUCAUAUGGAAAAGAAGCUUCCACUGCAUUGUGGCAUGACUCUAUGAUCACUUCAGAUGCUCAAUCGUCGGUCAAAGGGGCCAAAGAACCUGAGCCAUUUCAAUACACAGGAAGUCGGUUUCCUUCAGUGGCAGACAGGCCUGAAGCAUCUUCGACUCUUUUAUCAUCUGAAAAGAAUCCCUCGUCUUUUCCAGUGCAACCCAACCUCCCAAAAGCACCAACCUGUUCCUCAAUGACAGAGUUCAAUGUCACCAAAGCCGCCGGUCCUGAUGGUAGCAAUCAAGGCGCAUGUUUGGAGAUUGAUAUGCGGAAACUGACAGCGAGGGAUGAGGAAGAUUACGAUGAUGAUGAGGUUGAUGAUGAAGAUGAGGAGGAGGAAGAUGAAGAUGAUAAAAGUGCUAUUGAUUCUGACAUGGAGAAAGGUGCCAAAGAGAAGUCUGAGAAGGAAGUAAAACGUCCUGCAAGUGAAACGUUUAGCUCAGAAAAGCCCGAAUUGAUGGUUUCCCUGGCUGGAUAUGGUUUUAACAGUCAGGGGAAGCCUGCUGUGGAAGAAAACAUCUCUGGCUUACUCACCAAGGUCGCAGAUGAAGAUGUGGAAGACUCCACAUUCUUGAGUGGAAAGUCAAACGGUGGGUCAACAGGUUGCUCUGGCUACUCCCCAGAGUUACACCUGGAUGGAUGGGAACAUAAGAAAUCACUUUUACCAAGUCAGACCACGGACAAAGGUAAAGAGGACAUUACCUUGAAGUUGACAGAGAGAAAUUUUUACCAGAAUGAUGGAGAUGAUCUUGAUGUCGACAAACGUCAGUCCCCAGAUCACCUAAACAAGAAAUCGCCGGACACGAGCUUUCAGUACACGACCACUGCUGCUCCUGGGUACUCCUCUUCCUCCGCUUAUAGCUACUCCUCCUCUACUUCAGGCUCCUUCUCGACAAGCCGUCAGCUCGGAGAAGAUCUGGGAACACCUGCCACAGCCGAGCCACUGUUUGAGUACUCCUCCUUUAAAGAAGAACAGCCCCCGGUUCUAGACUCUCCCUUCCCCACGUUAACUGGCACCAAAGAUGAUUAUCUUGAAGUGUCUGAGAAACAGAUGACCGGUGCAACCACAGCGGAGUCCACCUCCAGCUUAGCCCACUUUUCACCCCUCAGCCCAUUUGAGGAAGUGAAACCCUUCCCUUUGCAGUCAUCCAUUGCUUCUGCUGAAGACAAAAAGGAACACACAUCUUCUCUCGGCGGUUUUAUGGAUAAACGCCCACAAUCAGACUGCUUCUAUAAGCCUGAGUGGUCUGAGGUCUCAACACUGGACUCUGCAAGAGGCUUUGGGGACUCACCAACUAUGCCCUCUCAAGAAACAGCACUCUCAAAAGAGGCAGCCAGCGCUGCUCUUUUCGGUGUCACUUCUUCACCACGGCCAGACACUGAAGGAAAACAUUACUUUGAGGAGACCGACAGCAGUGAAGAAGAGAAUGAGGGAGAUUAUAUGCAGGACAUGACUCGUACCCCAGCCUCCAGUGGGCUCACGGGUACCUUGGCAUUUUGUGACAAGUCUGUUUUCUCAGUUGAAGGUGAAAAGACAAGCAGUGCUCUCCCCGAUGUUCUUGGCUCCUACAUGUCGUCAGCGCUUCAAGCCAGCAAGCCGGACAAAACCAAUGGGACCACAGAAGUCAGCGCAAGUACAACCCUCCUUGCUGGCGCUGCAGCGACUAGCGCAGUUGCAGGCACGGCUAGGACGGAGUCCAGAGAGGGUGCCGGAGGCUACAGGAGCUCAUAUGAAUGGGAAAUGUCCAAGCCUCAGAUAGGGAGGAUGCCCGGCGACUCUCCUCCCCAUUAUCGUCAUGAUGAUGAGUUUGAAGAGGAGUGUGAAAUGGAGCCAGAGCACCCAGUACGCCCACUUUCACUCUCAUCAACUAAUCAGCCAUUUCACUCUCCCUUCUAUGCUGAUGAGUGCAGCCAAGAAGGGCAGGAUGAUGAUGAUGAGGAGGAGGAGGAUGAAGUUGACAGCGAUCAGGAUAUUGCUGGGAAAGUACCCAAGGGAGCAGCCUCUCCAUAUGCAGGCCACACCUCUCCAGGAUAUUCAUCCUGUGAGUACAAACAACAUAAAACCGACCUUUCACCUUCAUUUAUCAACCCAUGCAUGCAGCAGCUGUGCAGUGAUGAAGAUGACGAGGAUCAAGGACAGCAAAGUGACCAGUCGCAGGAGGGAGACGAACAUGACAUGUCAGUUAAGAGAAGGGCUCACAAGCAGCCCCACCAUCAUCAGACCCACAGCAGCUCCUUCCAUCAAGCCGGUGGCAUGUCAGCACAGUUGGGUCCAGCGACAGAGGAAACACCGCCGACUUCGAUCAGCGAGUCCAUCGCCUCUCAGUCAGACUCUGAAGUGCCUCCACGGACAGAAGAGUACCCGUCAGUUGUUGGCGAAGGCAAUAUUGAUUCAGAUGAGGAUGCAGACUAUUUGCCUAUCGACAAAAUAUCUGCCACAGGGGAAGGCAGUCAGCCCUCUGCCUCCUGGAAGAGCCACGAUCCAGUUCCCGCAUCUCAAAAGGACCCUUACCCCCACCCUCCUCGCCCUGAUGUCUGCAUGGUGGAUCCUGACUCUUUGGCUAAUGCCCCGGUUAAAAAAGAGCUGAAAGCUAAAGGGCUGAAAAAAGCAUCUGGGAAAACAAAAUCAGCAUCCCCAGCCAGGCGCAAACGGUCCCCCCUGCCUGUCAGACAGACGUCCUCUCCUCGCAGUGCGUCAUUGAAAAAGAAGGAAGCGGACAAGAGUUCACGCAUGUCUCGCUUGUCGGAUGGACAAGGCUCAAAGGAUGAUGAUCUUUCAAGGUCAAGCUACAACCCUGGCAAGGUGCUGACUAAUAGCGGUAGCAAAAGCAGUUUGGGCUCUCAGAAGGCAGGUUCGACAGCUCCUAUUUAUGUCGACAUGGCCUACAUUCCCAACCACUGCAGCGCCAAGAAUACAGAUCAAGAAUUUUUCAAACGUAUCCGCUCUGCAUACUAUGUGGUGAGCGGGAACGAUGCUCCAAGUGGUGAACCAAGCCGAGCGGUUCUCGAUGCACUGCUGGAUGGCAAAGCUCAGUGGGGUUCAAAUCUGCAGGUGACGCUGAUUCCGACCCAUGACACAGAAGUGACUCGCGAGUGGUACCAGCAGACACACGAGCGUCAGCAGGAGCUCAACAUCAUGGUCCUGGCCUCCAGCAGCACUGUCGUCAUGCAGGAUGAAUCUUUCCCCGCCUGCAAGAUUGAGUUCUAGGCAUGCUGUGGCACGCCGAGCCUCCAUAACGUUGUUUCGUCUUUCAAGCAUCAUUAAUGUCUUUUUGUCCCUUUUGUGGUAACUUUACAGAAGUACUGAAUACAAAUUUUCUUUUUUCAAUUAUUCA